CGACCUAAUUAUGAUUUAUAAGGCACGCCAUAAUGGGAGACUGCGUAAUAAGUUCAACCACCUGGGCUUUUUUGACUGUGCGAUAUAUCAGUGUUUUUUGCAUUUCGCCCCAUCGAAAUACCGCUGCCGUGGCCCGGAGACGAACGCGCGACCUUAGCAGCCCAACGCCAUAACUACAAAGUAACCUCGGCGCCUUCUCCUCUGCUCUCUCUCUUUCUUUUUACCGCGUAUAGAUGCACAUACUAGAGGAUUCUCUUUCUUUUUGCGUGCUUGUAUGGCAUAGCAUUCGCAAAAGUAGUAAAUCAAGCGUAAGCGAAGCUGUUGACAUUUCUUCAAUAUAGGAAGAUCUCUAUUAGAUAACGCCUGUCUAGAACGUUUUUUUUCCCUUUUUUUUCUUUUUGAUGACGAUGUCGUGUCCAACCAGUCCAACGCGCAGUGUCAGUCAGUGAUGAAAGCUGAGGGCCGCUCUACAAACCCUGAUAUGACAGGGUUGUCGCGACAUCAAAGACCCCCGCAAGUGUCCACACAAAAGAUAAUUUACGGCCUGACAGAAAAGCAGAAUAAAAAGCUGGGAAGGAACGGAUUUAUGCGUUUCUGCCAGAAAGGGCGACAAUAGUAGCGGCACGUCUUCCUAUCUGUAUUUAUGGCGUUUCUUUUUCAUUUUUUUAAUGGAGACGGGAUGAUACGAGAAAGCUUUUUUUUGAUCCAGUGUAUCAGUGCGUACAUAAAGUAGUCACCGCGCAUGCGGUAAAGGUUGUGGCGUGCACCGUGAAGCCAACUUUCCAGCGAGUGGUCGGUGUGUUGAGUUUUGAAAACCCUCGCAAACCGGAGGCCUGUCGCACCCCGCGGAACCGGCCGACAUUUUUUACAAGCUCGAGCGGCAGUGCUAUGAACGAGUGGAAACCCCCGAUCCUUAUGUCGUGGUUCGUGCUUGAGUGGGCCAUCAUGCUACUGUUCGGAGUGACUGUGCAACCACUGGCAGCUACCAACAGCGGCGCUUCGCAAAGGCCACAUAUUAUCUACAUGCUGGGUGACGACGUGGGCUGGGAUGACGUCAGCUUCCACGGGUCCAGACAGAUCCCGACGCCCAACUUGGACGCCUUGGCGUGGGAUGGAGUCUUGCUCAACGGCUACUACGCGCAGCCGCUGUGCUCCCCUUCCCGGGCUGCUUUGCUCACGGGGCUCUACCCCAUACGUUAUGGCUUGCAGAGCUACGUGUACAUGCCCCCUGAAGAGGGGCUUCCGUUACAGCUGACCCUGCUUUCAGAGCACCUGAAGAAUUUGGGCUACAGAAAUCACAUGGUCGGGAAGUGGCACCUCGGCUUUUCGUCCUGGAACCACACUCCAACGAUGCGGGGAUUCGACAGUUUUCUCGGCUACAUGACAGGAACGCAGGACUACUACUCCCAUGUAUACGAUUUCCGAGGAACGUGUGGAUUUGACUUUUGGUUCAACCGUCAACUUCUAUGGAACACAAGUGGCACCUACGCGACGCGCCUGCUCACGCAGCGAGCUGUCAGCGUCAUCAACCAGCACGAUGUAUCGAAGCCUCUGUUCCUGUACAUAGCGCACCACGCGGCACAUGGCAUCAACGCUGAAGGCCACCUUCAGGCGCCGAUGAAGAAUAUCAAGAAGUUCUCUCACAUAAAAAACGAGGAGCGGAGACUCUUGGCAGCCGUGGUGGACACCCUGGACGAGAGCGUGGGCAGCGUGGUCGAAGCCUUGCACGCCAAGGGCAUGCUGGCCAACGCCAUCCUCGUCUACACGAGCGACAAUGGCGCGAUCUACGAGGGAUACAUGAGCAACCGGGGCUCCAACUGGCCCCUGCGCGGCUCCAAGUUCACCACGUGGGAAGGAGGCGUCCACCUGCCGGCGUUCGUGUGGUCUCCGCUGCUUCGUCGCACACGGCGCGUCUCCUGGGAGCUGAUGCACGCCGUAGACUGGGCGCCCACCCUGUACCACGCCGCCGGCGGCGACGUUAAAGACCUGGGCGCUAUCGAUGGCCUAGACCAGUGGGAGGCUCUCUCGCUAGGCAACCCAUCGCCGCGCCAAGAGCUGCUCAUCAACCACGACCCGACCAACAGGUGCGGCACCGCACUGAGGGUGGGCAAGUACAAGCUGGUCGUCGGCACGCUCUACAAUGGCACCUUGGACGGACACGUAAACGCUCGCAGCGACCAGGACACACCCACCAACACGGACCUGGACGAGGUCAUGGAGAACUCGGCAGUGGGCAGGACGCUCAGAAAGUUCUACCGCGUGAGUCAACUGCCGAUACAGCAAGGCUGGAGAAAAGAAGCAGUCAUCGACUGUGGAAAAGAUUCCACCACCAACUUCAAGUCAUUCCGAGAGUCCUACCUUUUUGACAUCGCCAACGACCCGUGCGAAUUGAGGGACAUCUCACAAGAAGAGCCUAAAAUUCUGCAGCACAUGAUGGAGAGGUUACGACACUACGAGUCAAUAUCUGUGCCGCCGAAGGAUGACCAGCUCGAUUACAGAGGCUUUCCAGAACGCAACAAUUGCACCUUUUCUCCCUGGGUCGGCAAGAGGAGCAGCCCGCUAACCCGGUGCAGUCACGAGUCCAUCGCCUCACUCGCCAGGGCGAUGUCAGAGCGGCCCUAAGUUGCUCCAAAUGACGUGAAGCAACGUCUUGUAAACUUAGCGACAAACUUUCUAAAUAAAGUGAGUUUUCAUUCAUGUUAAA